AGACUACAGAGCAUUCAGUCUGUUACAUCGACAUCAAACUGCAUAUUUCAAAAUGCCUUCCUUACAGCAGAGCAAGCUCGCCUUCAUCGGCGGCGGCAACAUGGCCUCGGCCAUCAUCGGAGGUCUCGUGAGCCAGGACAUGAACCCCGCCAACAUCACCGUCUCCGAGCCAUGGGAUGUCAACCGCGAAAAGAUCGGGAAGUUGGGCGUACAGACGACGACCUCCAAUGGUGAAGCUGCGGGCAACGCAGAUAUUGUGGUCAUUGCCGUCAAGCCUCAAACCACCAAGAAUGUCUGUCAGGAGCUUGCCACCGCCUGGUCCCAGCGCACAUCGCUCCCUGUGGUCGUCAGCAUUGCGGCGGGUAUUACGCUCAAUAGCUUGAAAGAGUGGCUCAAGACGAGUGAUGGCCGGACCGCGCAUAUCGUCCGCGUCAUGCCCAACACUCCCGCCCUGGUCAAGGAAGGCGCAUCGGGUCUUCUGGCUAGCGACGAUGUGACGGCAGAGGAGAAGGAGCUCAUCGGAGCUCUACUCCAGACCGUAAGCAAGGCCACCGAGUGGGUGGAUAAGGAGGAACUGCUAGAUGUGGUGACCGGUCUGUCCGGAUCUGGACCUGCGUAUUUCUUCGCUAUGGUGGAACACUUGGUUGCCAGUGCCACUGCUCUGGGUCUCUCCAAGGAGCAGGCCACGCGGUUGGCGGCUCAGACCUGCCUGGGUGCAGGCAAGAUGCUGGUCGAGUCGUCGGAGGAACCGGCCCAGCUGCGCAAGAACGUGACGAGUCCAAACGGUACAACGCACGCCGCGCUGCAGACUUUUGAGUCGCUGAAUUUCAAGGAUAUCGUGGACAAGGCAGUAAAGGCCGCCACAUCUCGUGCGGCGGAACUCGGAGAGACACUCGGAAAGCUCUAGACAGGUUGGCAAGGAAAUUCAAUCGCAUCACUAGGAGUAGAUCUAAAACAUGGAAUUUUAAAAUGAACCCUAACCCUUUUAUGCGCUAUGCCGAUUCAAGAGCGAGCCCUCAACGCAGACGGCCCAUCAUUUUAGCACUUAACUUUGUAUAAACCAGCUCUU